UCGCAAUCGAAUGUGGCGCAACCGACUGCAGCACGUGGCCCGCUGCCUCCACACGGACGCGCGCAAGUGCGUGCUCAUCGUCGGCGCUGGCGACAGCACGGGCGCUGAGAUCGCCAAGGCCUUUGCCCGCGACGGCUUCACUGCUUGCUGCGUCCGGCGCGACGCCGACAAGGCCAAGGAGCUCGCUGCGACCAUGACCGCCGAGGGCCUCGUCGCCGAGGGCUUUGGUGUCGACUGCCGCGUCGAAGAGAACGUCCAGGCGCUCGUCGAAGACAUUGAGAACCGUCUGGGCCCGAUCGAGGUCGCGGUCUUUAACGUCGGCGCCAACGUCCGCUUCCCGAUCACGGAGACCACGUCGCGCGUCUACCGCAAGGUGUGGGAGAUGGCGUGCUUCUCGGGCUUUCUCAUGGGCCGCGAGGCCGCGGCCCGCAUGCUACCGCGCGGUCGUGGCACGAUUCUCUUUACAGGGGCGACGGCCAGUGUCCGCGGCGGCGCGCACUUUUCGGCGUUUUCGAGCGCCAAGUUUGCGCUGCGUGCGCUCUCGCAGAGCAUGGCGCGCGAGCUCUCGCCCAAAGGCAUCCACGUCGCCCAUAUCGUAAUCGACGGUGCGAUCGACACGCCGUGGAUCCACGAAAACUUUCCCAAGGCCAAGGAAUUCCAGCAAGUCGACGGCUUGUUGCGCCCGGAAGAAAUCGCCAAAACUUAUGUGCAGAUUCACCACCAGCACAAGUCGGCGUGGACGCACGAAGUCGACUUGCGUCCGUGGAACGAAAAGUGGUAA